UAUGAUCAAUUUGGUACAUUUGAAAUUUUUCACAAUUUGCACACAAAAAAUUAUUGCAACUCAAGAUGAGUAUAUACAACUUUUUCAACAAUAUAUAACCAUAUAAAGCUAUACACAUACAAAUUAUAUAAUGGAAGUGGCCGAAGUGAUCAGUAUAACUAAGCCCAGUUCAAGUCGACCAUUUGAAGAUGUUGAUGAUGACAAUGAUUCCGAUGUGGAAAUGAAUAAUACCACUAAUCAAUCUAUAGUUACACCAGGAGAAUUAAUUACUGAUGAUCCUAUUUGGAUGAAAGGUCAUGGGACUUAUUUCAUAAAUGAUAAAACUUAUUCAAGUGUUGCAGGAACAGUAUCACGAGUCAAUAGAUUAUUAAGUGUAAUUCCUAUUCGAGGACGUUAUCAACCAGAAACAGGUGACCAUAUUGUUGGAAGAAUUACUGAAGUAGGUAAUAAACGAUGGAAAGUAGAUAUUGGAGCAAAACAAGAUGCAGUUCUUAUGCUUGGAUCUGUCAAUUUACCAGGUGGAAUCUUAAGAAGGAAAAGUGAAACUGAUGAAUUACAAAUGAGAAAUUUCUUAAAAGAAGGAGAUUUAUUGAAUGCUGAAGUACAAACCAUCUUUAACAACGGGAUUGCAUCUUUACAUACAAGAUCCUUAAAAUAUGGGAAAUUAAGAAAUGGGAUAUUUUUGAAAGUUCCAUCAUCUUUAAUUAUUAAAUCUAAGAACCAUGCAUUUGACUUAACAGGGAAUAUUAGUUGUGUACUUGGAGUAAAUGGAUAUAUUUGGUUAUAUAAAACCAAUGUGAAUAAUCCUACCAGUAACAAUAACAAUAAUAAUAGUAAUAACAGUAAUAAUCCCUCCAUAACUAGAUUAGAAGAAGAAAGUUCAUGGGAGAUAUAUUCUGAUAAAAAUGAUACGACUAUUACCAAUUCUAUUCGAUCAAAUAUUACUAGAUACUACAAUAUUAUUAAAGCUCUUAGUUAUUGUGAAUUAGGAAUUACAGAACAAAGAAUUUCAAUGGGUUAUGAAGCUUCUCUUGCAUAUGUUAACCUUGGAAGUUUGAAUGAUAAAGAUGCCAUGGAGACCAUAUGUCAAGAUAUUAUUAAUAAUGAAAAGAUGAGAGGCAUAAAUUAGU